UCCAUUUGAAUACGAGCUAAGAGACCAAGAUACUAAAAUGGGAAAGAAAGACAAAGAAGAUGAAGCCAAUGAAAGCACAGGAGCGCAUCAUCUAAUGUAUGGAUUGAACGACGUUCCCCCAUGGUAUCUCUGCAUAACGUUUGGGUUGCAGCACCUUUUGCUCUCAGUCGGGGGAAUUGUGGGCAUGCCUUUAUUAUUGGCUCCCAAGUUAUGUAUGGGUAAUGACGACAUUGGGAACCAAGGAAGGGCUUAUGUUAUUGGAACUCUGUUUGUUGUAUCUGGAAUCAGCACAAUAAUACAAACUACCUUCGGAAACAGGUUACCGAUUCUACAAGGAAGUUCCUUUGCAUUUUUUGCUCCUAUCCUAUCAAGUCUUGCCCUUCCCCACAACAAAUGUCCUGACCCUUUACCCCCCGGCUCGUUUAACUCAACAACUACUUUAUACAACGAUACAGAUGGUUCAAUAGUGGACGGUGAAGAGUUAUGGAUGAGAAGAGUACGAGAGACACAGGGCUCAAUGGCAGUUGCAGCACUAUUCGAAGUUAUUCUUGGUAUGACCGGCACAGUUGGAUUAAUGAUGAGACUUAUAGGCCCAGUCACCAUAGCUCCGACUAUUGCAUUAAUUGGAUUAGAUUUGUUCGCAUCUGCACCCUUUCAUGCUUCUACCAACUGGGCAACUGCUAUUUUUACAAGCACAGCUCUCAUUGUUUCGUCACAAUACUUGUCCCACAUCAAAGUUCCCUUCUUCUCAUUUAACCGAAAGCGCAAGUGCCACGUGAUUUGGGUCCCAGCUUUCAAAAUGUUUCCGGUUCUGAUAGCCCUUAUCUGUGGGUGGACAUUAUGUUGGAUAUUAACAGCCACAGACUAUUUAUCACCGGAUCCUGCAGAUCAUAGUUACUAUGCAAGAGCUGACAUAAGAAUUGCAGUCAUUCAUAAUAGCCCUUGGUUUCGUGUUCCCUACCCUGGACAGUGGGGCGCUCCACGAGUUGUACUUUCUGGGGUGAUUGGAAUGUUAGGCGGGGUACUGGGAAGCACUAUUGAAUCAAUCGGCGACUACUACGCGUGUGCUAAGCUUACAGAGAGCCCGCCACCCCCUAAACACUCAAUUAACAGAGGGAUUAUGAUGGAAGGUAUGGGUUGUGUUCUUGCUGGACUUUUUGGUACAACAACAGGAACGACUUCAUUUAGUGAAAAUAUUGCUGCUAUUGGCGUGACAAGAGUCGGAAGCAGAAGGGUUCUCCAAACUGCUGGGGCACUUUUCAUUAUAAUGGGCUGCGUGUCAAAAGUCGGCAGCAUAUUCGUUACUUUACCAGAGCCGGUGAUGGGCGGGAUAUUUCUCAUUAUGUUUGGCAUGAUAGCAGCAGUUGGCUUAUCCAAUCUACAAUACGUUGAUAUGAACUCGCCAAGAAACGUCUUUGCGGUUGGAUUCACUCUCUACAUGGGCCUCGCUAUUCCAGAAUGGGUGAAAGGAAAUACUAACGCCAUUAACACCGGUUCCCCGUUAUUUAACGAAGUGUUUACAGUGUUGCUCAGUUCACCAAUGUUGGUUUCAGCAAUACUGGCAGGAGUGCUGGACAACACGUUACCUGUUUGUCAUAUUCUAGGCACCCGUGAAGAACGGGGAUUCACCAAAUGGGAGAACAGUGUAGCAAGCGAUUUCUCAGAUAAUACGGAUCAGGACGACUACAGCAAAGUCUGCUACAAUUUACCAUUCUCAACCAAUUGCAGACUUGCCAAGUAUCUUCCUUUUCUGCCCGAGUUUGACGACCGUGUGAGGCGCAAAAGAGAGCAGGAACUCGAAGAGCAAACUCGCAGGACCGAAAUGGGACUUCGGGAGCUCGGAGUCGAAAUGAACCUACUGCCAAGCUCGGUCGUUUAACGAAGACAAGGUUUCCGCUGUCAGAAAUACUUUUUGACGAAUUUGAAGAUUUAUAUACAGAAUUUUGGAAUGUGAGCUUCGUCUUUAGCGCAAGUAAUUUUUUAGUGGCGAUCAAAAGGUUUUAGUAUUAGUAGAGACAACGUGUAAACAAUAAUUUAUCAUCAUUUUAUUGCAGCAAAGCGCAACGUUGCGAAAGAAAAUUAUCUCACUUAAGUUGACACCUCAAAUGCCUUUUCUCUUCAAAGUGUUUUCAUAUGUUUAAAGACCGGCCGAUAUUUUAUUGUGUUUAAAAUAACAUUUAACUUAACAGGCACUAAAUUACUGGCACAUCUAAAUUUAAACUGUAUUUGUAUACAGUUGUUUUGCUGGCUUUAGAUAAAAAAAGCUCCCCUUAAAAUGCCUUGUAUAAGUCAACUCAUAUUACAUAUCUAUAUGAAUAUUAGUCUUCAUUUUGUCAAAAUCAGUUUUCUAAACAUUUGUUUACUGUAAUGACUAUGUAAAAAAUAAAUAGAAUUAGA